AUGAAAUAUAUUUCAAUUAUUUUAUUUAUUAUUGUUGUAUAUAUAAAUGGAGAAAAUGAAAAAUUAGAAUGGACUGAAAAAGAUGGUCUUUAUAUUAAGAUUAUAAAGUCUAUUAAAAAAGAAAGAUGUAAAAUUGUUUCACAAAUUGGUGAUAUUGUUGAACAAUAUUACAAAUUAAGUGAUGAAAAAGGAAACAUAAUUGGUUCUAAUUGGGGUAAAAAACCUUAUACUUUUAAAUUAGGAAAUAAAGAAGUUAUUGAAGGAAUGGAAAGAGCAAUGACAGGAAUGUGUAUAGGAGAAAUAAGAAAAGUUGUUAUACCAGGAUAUUUAGGUUUUGGUAAUGAGGGUCGUAAUGAUGAUAAUAUAGAACCAAAUCAAACAUUAUAUUAUAAAGUUGAACUUGUAAAUAUUCAAAAAGUUUUAUCUGAAGAAGAAUGGAUUGAUGAAGAUGGUUUAAAAAUUAAAAUAACAAAUAAAAUAGAACUAUCAAAAUGUAAAAAAUCUAGCAUUGGAGAUAAAAUUUACCAACAUUAUACUUUAAAACUAGAAGAUGGAACUUUUAUUGAAUCUUCUUAUACAAAUGAUAAACCAUAUGUUUUUAUACUAGGUACAAAUUCAGUUAUUGAAGGAAUUGAAAAAGCUAUGACAAAUAUGUGUGAAGGAGAAAAACGUCAAGUAACUAUUCCAUAUAAAUUAGGUUAUGGAAUAGAAGGAUCUCCGCCAGAUAUUCCACCAAUGUCAACAUUAAUUUUUGACAUUUAUUUAUACAAACUUAUAAAAAAAGAUGAACUUUAA